AUGCUGAAGAAUUUGAGAGUCUUAAACAGAAGAAGGAGACGAAAGAGAAGGGGAUUCAAUUGUGUUCUUCAGUCUGAAGGUCUCGUUGGUGAGACAGCAACGGAAGUCGCUCAGUUUUUACACACCGAUGAUACACUAGACAAGACUAUGAUUGGUGAGCUGAUUGGUGAUCCAGGAGAAUACGAACGGGAGAUAAUGUACGCCUAUAUAGAUCAGUUGGAUUUCUUUGGUACCAAUCUUGUGCAAGCUCUGCGAUUGUUCUUACAUAACUUCCGGCUUCCCGGUGAAGCGCAAAAGAUCGAUCAACUCAUGGAGAAGUUUGCGAGUAGGUUCUGUGAAACGAACCUAAAGUAA